AUGUCCAGAGGAGGGGAGAUGGUUUAUAUUCCGGAUGACUCUGACUUCAGCUCAUUCAGGGAUCAGUGUGAGAAUCUGGAAGGCUGGCACUGUCGGUAUAACAAGGGUGGCGUGACUGUGUGGAGUCAAGGCCAGGAAGAAAGCUGCACCGUGCAGAAAAUUAAGACAUGCAUCUCCUGCAAGGAUGUCCCUGCUGAGACGCUCUAUGAUGUGCUGCACGAUACCCAUUACCGCAAGAAGUGGGACUCAAACAUGAUUGAGACCUAUGACAUCGGGCGCCUGACUGUCAACGCUGAUGUGGGGUACUAUUCCUGGAAGUGCCCAAGUCCUCUGAAGAACAGAGAUUUUGUCACCCUGCGCUCCUGGCUGCCCCUGGGCAAUGAUUAUAUAAUCAUCAAUUACAGCGUCAAGCAUCCGAAAUACCCACCCCGGAAGGAUUUUGUGAGAGCUGUGUCCUUGCAGACAGGCUACCUGAUUAAGGCGAAUGGCACCAGUGCCUGCAUCCUCUAUUACCUUACCCAGGUGGAUCCUCGAGGGUCGCUGCCAAAGUGGGUGGUGAACCGUGUCUCCCAGUUUGUGGCACCCAAGGCCAUGAAGAAAAUUUACAAGGCAGGGCUGAAGUAUCCAGAGUGGAAACACAAGCACGACCCCGAGUACAAGCCCUGGGUGUACCCGGAGCAGAACACAUUGCCCAGUGUCAGCCUGGACGAGCUGUCGGUGCAGCAUGCUGACUCACUGGAGAACAUCGAUGAGACUGGCUUGCCUGAGGACCCCCUGAACAUGAGUGACCAUGAGGCCUGA